AUGGCUACUGCUACGGCGGUGGCCGACUUGAAAAAACAGUUCAACACAUUUUUACGGGAAAACAAAUGUCCAACGGGAGAAAUCGUGAAGAAGAAAUAUUAUUUCCCCGUCAAUCGGUUAAAGACAAUUUACAUGUCUAUGCUUUCCGCUACUGAUGUACAAUGGUCGCAGUUGCAAGUCAUGUUAACCGAUCACGUUGAAAACUUGGAUUUUUGCUACUACUCGUGGGAAUGUUUUGCAUCAAUUGCACUGCAAUUAGACGUAAAAACAAUGAAUGUCUACAUAUUCACAAAUCUUUUAGGGCUGACUAAAAUUCCAAAUGAAAAAAAAGAGGACGAUAAACUACUAUUUCACAGUUUAAAACGCCCUAAGUUUAAAUACAAUUCAGAACAAAUAAAAACAUGGGUAACAACAGUUUGGGAAGGAAUGAAACCAUUUAUGUUGUCAAAUUCCAAAAUUAGACGUGAAAUGUUAACAUUAUUAAUUGAAAAAAUGCUAAUGCAUUUGAAAAAUCCUCUUGUAACCGCAGAUUUUCUCAUGAACUCAAUGGAUACCCCUGGUCCUAUUUCAAUCUUAGGACUUCAAGGAAUAUUUAUAUUGGUUAAAGAUUAUAACUUAGAAUGUCCAAAUAUUUAUGGAAAACUUUAUAAUUUUUUUACUACAGAUAUGUUUAAUUAUCGAUAUAAAACGAGAUUAUUUUAUUUGGCUGAUAUAUUUCUUCGUUCAACUCAUUUGCCAGAGCUACUAGUAGCUGCAUUCAUCAAACGUAUGGCAAGGCUGUCAUUGAUAGCCCCACCUACAGACAUAAAAAUCAUGGUUGCAUUUAUAGGAAAUUUAUUAAUUAGACAUCCACCUUUAAAAGUGUUGAUCCAAAAUGAUUCUGUUGUUGGGUCAGAUCCUUACAUUUUUGAUGAAAAAGAUCCACUAAAAUCAAAUGCAUUGAAUAGCUCACUAUGGGAACUCGUGUCUUUAAAACAACAUAUCCUACCAAAAGUGAGCAAAUCUGUAAACUUUAUAUUUAAAAAGUUGCCACAAGUUGAGUGGGACGUAAGUGAACUCCUUAAUGACUCAUAUGAAAAUAUGAUUGAUGAAGAAUUUAAGACUGAGUUCCAGAAAGUGAGCUUAACAUAUGAAAAACCCACAUCAUAUGCUGUACCAUUAUCCAAUCAUUUCGAUGAUUUGUGGACUUUGGAUUAAUAAUUUUUUUUUAUACAUGUUAUAUCAUAUGUAUUCCAAGAAUGUAACAAAUCCAAUCCUUAGUUCUGCCUAUAAUUUAAAUGGAUUCAAAUAGUUAUAAAAAUUUGAAUAUUGGACUACAGUAGUUUAAUUAAUUUAUAUCAGAAAUAUGUGUUCUGAUAAUAAAUACAAUAACCUUUUUAGGUGUCUAAUCAAAUGUUGCAUAAUAAACAAGAAGACUUAAUCAUCUAGGCAUACUUCCAGCCAAAUAAAAAUAAAUGUAUUCAAAUUAUGCGUAGUAAAAA